GUAUCUCGCAUAUAAGCUGACGCACUGAGGUAGACAUUAUCUGUUUCUUUCUCUCGAUUUGUGUUUGGGGAAAGAAAUGGUGGGAGAAAAGAGUGAAGAGAGAAAGCUCUCUCUGCAGUCCCCUUUGAUCCAAAUAUCCAGAGAAAAUAAUGAUGAUACUGUGCUUGAUGUUAAUGAUGAAGGGAGAAUCAAUGAGGGGGGCACAACAACAAGAAAGAAAGCUAUUGAAGAGGUGAAGAAGCAGCUAUGGCUAGCAGGGCCUCUGGUAUCUGUGGGUCUGUUAUGGUACUCUUUACAGAUGAUAUCUGUGAUGUUUGUGGGGCACCUUGGUGAGCUGCCUCUCUCUGGUGCUUCAAUGGCCACUUCCUUUGCAUCAGUUACUGGUUUUAGCUUGUUGGUAGGAAUGGCAAGUGCAUUAGAUACUCUAUGUGGACAGUCAUAUGGGGCAAAGCAGUAUCAUAUGCUGGGCAUACACAUGCAAAGAGCUAUGCUUGUUCUUUUUAUUGUUAGCAUACCCCUAGCCAUAAUCUGGGCAAACACAGGAUCCAUUCUAGUUUUUCUAGGCCAAAACCAUGACAUUGCCAGGGAAGCUGGACAAUAUGCUCUUUUCAUGAUUCCCAGUCUUUUCGCAUAUAGUCUCCUUCAAUGUCUUAGCAGGUUUUUGCAAACGCAGAACAUUGUUUUCCCAAUGAUGUUAUGUUCAGGCAUCACAACUCUGCUACACAUUCCUCUCUGUUGGGCCCUGGUGUUCAAAUCUGGCCUCGGAAGUAGAGGUGCUGCCUUUGCCAAUGACAUAUCCUAUUGGGUGAAUGUGUUGCUGUUGGCAUGUUACGUCAAGUUCUCUCCUUCCUGCACCAAAACCACGAUAGGAUUUUCAAAGCAGGCAUUGCAUAACAUCCUCACAUUUCUUCGACUUGCUGUUCCAUCAGCUGUUAUGGUCUGCUUGGAGAUGUGGUCAUUUGAAAUGAUGGUUCUUUUAGCUGGACUUCUCCCCAAUCCAGAGUUACAAACAUCUGUGCUCUCCAUCAGCCUCAAUACUGCUUCUAUCGUUUGGAUGAUCCCCUUUGGACUAAGCGGUGCAGUAAGCACACGGGUUUCUAAUGAAUUAGGAGCAGGGCAUCCGGAUGCUGCACGUUUAGCAGUAUGUGUUGUCCUGAUUAUUGCCAUUGCAGAGGGCAUGCUGGUGGGAUCAGUCUUGAUUUUGAUCCGAAACAUAUGGGCACAUUGUUAUAGCAGUGAAAGAGAAGUGGUUAGUUAUGUGGCAGCCAUGAUGCCAAUUUUAGCAGCAUCCAACUUCUUGGAUGGACUUCAAUGUGUUCUUUCAGGCACUGUUAGAGGAUGUGGAUUGCAGAAGAUUGGUGCAUAUAUCAAUCUAGGAUCAUAUUACUUGAUGGGGAUUCCGUCUGCUAUUGUGCUUGCUUUCAUGCUCCACGUUGGCGGAAGGGGGCUCUGGCUGGGGAUCAUAUGUGCGCUCAUGGUUCAAGUUUCUUCUCUUCUAAUCAUUCUCAUACGUACUAACUGGGACCAAGAGGCGAAGAAAGCGAGGGAGAGAGUCAACAACUCUGCAGUCAUUGUGGAUACCGUGUCAUGAAGCUGAUAUUCUCUCUGAAAAUUUAGGAUAAAUUAGUUUGAAAACUUUGUACCCUUGAGAGGUCAAUUACAUAUUGGAUUUUGAAGAUGGACUCCUACAGUUUUCACAUCAAGUUCAUACUUUGGUAUGCAAAGUGAUCACCGACGCUAUGCCCUGGGUUCUUUGUUCAACUGAAAUGUUAAACUCAUCCAACAUCUAAAUUUGCAGCCUCAAUCUGUCAUUAAGCUUAUUCAUCACAGUCAUCACAGUAAGAUUGGUAUAAAUAGAAGAAAUUUCC